ACCGCUUGGUUUUCUUGAAAUUCUAACGUUUUUCAAGAAAGAAAGAGAUUCAGAGAGUUGCAAAAGUAUCUUCUUCCCUCCAACAUAAUCUGAAGACGUGGUGGAAGGAAGACACGAUGGACGGGCGUAGAUAUAAGAGCAAGUUCUCUCGGCUGAGCGUCUGUUUCACAGUACCACCUCUGUGGCAUAGAGGUGUUUAACUUCUUCAUUACAAAAUUUUAAAACUAAAGGAGUUUUUUUUAUUAUUAUCUCCAGUGAAUGUUAGGAUUUAUUUAAUAAGAAUAACAAUAACUAGAAAGCUAUGAAGACUGUGGCAGUAUUAUUGGUAUUCUUUGUGAGCUAUUUAGCUUUUGUAAAUUCAGUACCAGCACCAAAACUAGUAGAAUCAUCAGUCAAAGUGGAGGAUAAAGUUGCUGAAAGACAGGCAUCAUCUGGAACAGCAACAACUAGUAGUGACGAUGACGAUGACGACGACGAUGAUGAUGAUGAUGUAGAUGCUUUAGAUCUUGUGGACGAUGAUGACGAUGACGAUGACGACGACGAUGAACCUCAAGGUACAAAAGGUGAAGAAGAUGAUGACGAUGACGACGACGAUGAUGAUUAUAUUGAGCGAUUCAUUGAUGACAUUCUUGGAGGAGAAGAUGAUGACGAUGAUGAUGAUGAGACUAGUUCCGUUGUGGAACAAGUCCAACCAGCAAGUCCAGUUCAAUCGCCUCAGGCACCAGUUCUUCCUGCGAGUGUUCAAGCUGACCUAAAUUCAGUUGCUGAUGAAGCUUCAGUAGGUGCUGAAAACUUAUCAGAUGGAGCUCAAGCGACAUCAGACACUGCUGGUGAAACUUAUGAAGAAGUCGAAGAGGAUGUAGAUGUUGUACCUCAAGGCCAAGCUGCUGGAGCAAUUGAAGGUGGUGAAAUUCAAGCACAACCAGCAAUCAUACAACAAACAUCAUCAAAUGUCAUACCAAGUGAAACUACAAGUGAUGAUGACGACGAUGAUGACGAUGACGAUGACGAUGAUCUUGCCAUAGCCGACGUUGACGACGAUGAUGAUGACGAUGAAGACGAUGAGGAAGAUGAGGAAGAUGAUGAUGACGAUGAUGAUAUUACUGAUGGCAUUGACAUUGGAGCGCGAAGUGCACGUGGCUUUGAACCUGAAACUACCAACGAUGUUUCCGCUAUUUAUAUAGCUAAGUACAAUCAAUUUGUUGACAAUAUUCUGGGAAGAAUCAAUAAGAUACUUAAGAAUAAUUAUGAUCCUGUUAUCGUCAAACUUACCAAUCGUAAUGCUGGAUAUAAAAAUAACAAGAAGAAGAAGAGUAAUAAGAAGAAAGGUAAAAAAGGACAAUUGAUUGAAGUAUCUAAGGUUGAUGACAAAAUAAAUGAAGCUACUACUGUGGAAUCACUGCUUAAUGAGUCAGCAGUUGAAACUAAUUCUUUGAAAAAUGAUUCUUUAGAACAGGAAAUUGGUAGUAGCAGUAGCCGUGGAUCAACAAGCAAAGAUAAAAAGAAAACAAGUUUGACAAAGAAUAAAACUAAAUCAAAGCCUGUCAAAAAACAGACUAUAAAUAAAAAUAAGACAAAACAAUCAAAACCAAAACAAAAAUCACGAGCUAGAGCUACUUUAUAUGGUCUUGCAUCACUGAAACGAUCUGGGAAUGUUUCGGUCAAUAUGAUGUCUGAUCAUACAACAAUAAGGACUAAAUUUAAUCUUGGACCACUUGUAUUGAAAGUAGAGAAAGAAUUUGGAAGAGCUUCUAAAAAAGAAUUGCGAAGUGCAACAGCUACAACAGCUGAGAUGUCAGGAAAAUUAAGUCUUCGAGUUUUACCUGGAGGAGCUGCUACUUUACAUGUUAUUCGAGUUCUCCAACCAAGACAGGUACGUGUGGAUAGUCCAGAUGAUCAUGAUAGCACGAGAGAAUUUAUUUGGAGAAAAUCAUCUGAGUUAGCUCACGUAGUAUCCCAAAAACUUUCGAUAGCAGCUAAAUCAAUGCUUAAAUCACCACCAACAGCAUAAGACUUAAUCUCUUUUAUUCAAAUUAAAUCCAUUGCUCCAUUUAUUUAUUUAUUUAUUUAUCAACUUAAUA